AUGGAGCCGCCAGCCAUCGUCUCCGCUUCCCUCUUCUCCGACGAACUGCAGCAAUCUUGUGAAGAGGAUCACCUCUCAGCUGAAUCAGCUGCUGAGAUUCAGGACUCCAUUGCUGCUGUCAGCCAGCCGCUGUCCAAGGCCCCAUCAUGGGAUGAUGGCCAAUUCCAAGGGGUGCUGGACAGCAUUCCUGCUUCCAGGACGUCAACGCUUCCAGCAGCAUUUAACCCACCGCCGGAGUCAUCCUCACAAGUUCCACCAUGGGAUGACUGCCCCUUUGAAGGUUUGCUGUCUUGCAGCACACCAGCUCCCGGGAUGUCCACCGUUACCGGUAAUGCAGCCUUCAACCAACCACAGCCAGCAUCACUUCAAGUUCCACCAAUAGAUGGGGGUUUCCUGGUUCCCGUGUCUUCUGGUACCUCUUCAAUUCCAGCUGCCUUCAACCAACAGCAAGAUACCAACACCAAUCAUCCCAUGGACGACGCUCCCUUCAGCACCUUGCUGAUGGAUCAAACAGAGACUUCAAGCUCGUCAGCUCUGUCACUGCAAGUUCCAUCGACAGAUGACAACCCUGCUGGGGGUCUGCAGGUUUCUGCCAUCUGUUCAAUUGCAGUGGGCUUCAGCCAACAGCCAGGUACCAACACCAAUCAUACCAUGGAUGACGUCCCGUUCAGCACCCUGUCAAUCAUCCAAGCAGAGGAUUCAGACCUGGCUACUCUUCCAACAGCAUCAGAAGAAAUCCACUUCGAAGACCAGGGAGCCAACCAGCUUGACAUGGAUAUGCCAUUCCAUUCCGUCUCUAUGGAUGAAGAUGAGUCGGUACCAAAGGCACUAUACUCCAUGGACCUUUACCCCAGUGCUACCCUUGCAGGAUCAGGCCUAGACUCGGGUUUCUUAACUACGCGGCCCUCUGGCCCAACUGAUGUCGGGUGCCACCCCUUCCCUGCCGCCUGUACCACUGUAGCUGCUCAGAAGUCCAUGUCCAGCAUCGCUUCUCCCAUGCUGUCAAUCUCCAGUCUUGUGUCCCUUCUCAGCCCACCUAAUUCUUCCCAAAAUGCACCAAUUCAUGAAAUCAUGGCACCUGCAACGCUCACCGAUACUCGCAAGCCAUUAUCCACAACAUUUGACCAGUACACUUUGGUAUCGAUCUUCAAUCCUCGUGAUGAGAAAGUUGUAGACAUUGAUGUUCACCCAGGGACACCGCUUAAGGCAGUGGCACAUCAAUACCGCCACAAGAUCUUUGGAAAACUGAGGGGCGCAUGGUUCACCUUCGCUCACUGGUCGUCCACGGAAAAGCUGCUCCUCCCUGCUGACAUGGAGAUAGAAGGGGGCGGCGAACUCAGCAUCCGUGUAGUUGAGGCUGAGGUUGGCCAGUGGCAGUGGAGAAUGGAUGCAAACGGCAUGCUGGAGAAAAGAGAGUGGGCAGAUGGGAAUUGAGCCCUCAACUGAUCGUGAAGAACUGCUUCUUCUUACAUCUACAAAUGUUUCAUCUGUGCUUUGUAUGAGUAGCACAAGGAACCAUUUGGAAAUGAAAGAAUGACACAGACAUACUAGGGCUUUUAGGGCUUCCAGUUUAAAUGAAGCAUGCUUUUGUCCAGGUUGCAGUUUAUUUUCUGUUAUAGGUCCACUUAGAAAUCAUGUGUUACUAUUGCCUUCUAAAUAGAGUCAUGCAGACAAAACCUGAACUUUUUGAAACAGCAGUAAGUUCCUGCAUAUUGUAUCAAUAUGUUUUGCUGAGGCUGGAGCAAGUAAAUUUUAUGGAUGACAUCACUCCAUGUAUUGAUUUUGCCUGAUUUUGGAAAAAAACAAAGUGAUGGUCAACAUAUGAAAAAAAUGUGACUAUAUGUACAGUUGUACUUACUUCUAUCAGUCCUAUGGCAAAACAUCCUACCAUAAUGAGGUGCAUUGCUGUUGUCUUUGGUUUCUUGGCGGCAUCUUUGGAUCAUUCUACGUCAAACAACUUUUUAUUUAUGUUACUAAGUUACUUAAAUACAUUUAGGAAUGGUGGCAACCUCAUUGCAAACUGUUAUGCAGUAGAUAUUGAGCAGGUGAAGCCAACCUUUGUUAUCAGCUUAGUCACUGCUACCGCAUCUAGUCCACAAAACAUUCAGAAAGUGUUAUCAAGGACCACCAGUAUUAACUUCUGUGUAUUCUUUAUUUUUCCUUUGAUACAGAGAGAACUUUUGUAUUUCAUCCCUUAUAGGCCCAUUUUUGGGCAGUCUGUGAAAUCAAUGUACUUGAUAAAACUACCGGUUCACAGAUCUGAAACAGACAUAAAAGUGCCCUGGUAUUGUUAGUUUUCUUUGUUAUAGAAAUGCUCAUCAUAUUCUGUUUAAUGUUUAUGUUGAUACCAGUGUAUUAUUGAAUAUAGAAAUAUAAGCUUUGUUGGUUGUGAUACCAUGUUUCAUUGAUUCAUUAGUCUCCAAGUCAAUUCUAUGGUUUACAAAUGUGAAAAUAUUGGUAUUUUGUUCUGUUUUGCCCACUACCAAAAUUGUUGUUCUGUUAUGUAUUAUGCUUUCAAGUCUUGCAUCUACAUGUACAUGUACCACAAGACU